AUGAGGAUGGGGACUUUUCUUCGGGGUGCCAUCUUCCCGCGACUGUGGCACCUUUUCAGACAAGAAGAAGCUGCCGUUGUCCGACCGCGGCGGCGCCAAGGACUUUUCGGGGUAGAAGAUGCCGCUGCUCUCGCGCGGCGUCAUGGACGGGCGCCGGUUCUUUUCCGGAUCGCUGCCGCCGCCGCCGCCACCGCGCUCCGGGCGCUUCCCCUUGGAGACGGCCCUGCUGCCAGCCGUAGCCUCCUCGUCUCCGCCGUCGUUGGUGUCGCUCCCCGAGGCGUCGGGGGUCUUCAUGGCCUGGGGGAUGCGCGAGAUGCGCCAGGCCAUGUAGAAGUCGAGCCAGUUGAGCAUCAUGCCGAUGGACGAGAUGCUGGCGAAGGCGAAGCCUAUGGAGAGGGCGAACUCGAAGGGCACGACCUGGGUGGCGCACAGGGCGACGCCCGAAACCUGGCCGAAGCCGGACAGUAUGGUGGUGACGGCGAGGGUCUGGAAGAGCUGGUUGGAGAUGGCGCGGGUCAGGGCCAUGCGGAACGUGGCCGUGUUGAUGUCCCUGGCCAGGACGGACAGGACGCGGGCGCGCAUCACGGGCAGCCGCGUGUCGGUCCAGUACAGAGCGAUGGUGGGCAGGCCAAAGAUGACGGACAGCAGGCCGAGGAUGGCGUGGGCGUUGCGGAAGUGGUCCUGUCGAGACCCGGCCACGACGAUGCCAAAGACGAAGACGAUUACGAGCACCGGCGCGAUGAUGUAGGCGUACAUGAUGCCGAUCCACUUGGAGGUUUUGCGCGGCAGCGUCAGGUACGGCGAUGCCAUGCGGGCCAGGAUGUUGCGGGCGGACUCGAGACACAGGGCCAGCGGGAGCAUGGCGAUGAAGAUUAUGAUGGCAAAGACGACUGUUUUGGGGAGAGAUUGGGGUUCUUGGACGAUAAAGGGGAUUAUCUUGAGGUUGUUGACCUUGAUGCCAUCUAUGGCAGCGUUUGUGUUACCGUCAAGAGCGGACUUGAUUCCUGUGCCGUCGAUGUCAUAAAAGUUCCCGCGGUUCUGGAAGUGCAUGGUACCGUUGGGGAUGACCUGUUUGAUGGUGUUGGUGACGUUCUGGUUAAGCCCGAAUUUGGAGAUGGGGUUGCCGCCCUUGAUGAUGUCCAUUAUGUCGAUCGAGAUGGCACCGCUGCGGAUCAGACCCACGCCGAUCAGCAUGAUGCCGCCGAUACCCUCGCAUUGCAGCAGGUCCAGGACGGUCUGGGUUCCGUUGGAGAUGGUGUCGGCGUUGAUGAUGGCCGACAGGUUGAAGCCCGGCCCGGCGAGGACGACGUCGUCACGGCGCUUCAGUUUCGCGGAUCCAGCGUCGCGCGCGUCAAACAACGGCCGCGUGGGGAUGGUACGGUUGUUGACGCCGGAUAUGUUGAGAGCUUUGGGGAACUGCUUGGCGAUGAGCUGGGCAGCCACCACGACACCCUGGCCGCCGAUGCCCUGUCCGAACCCGGCACCGGCACCGCCGAGCGUGUCGUCGAAGGCGAUGGUCUCGUUGGGGAACGUGGUCGGGAUGACGGCGGUGCCGUUCAUCAUGGCCUGGAUGCCGCCCAUCAUGGUGAUGGAGUCACCGGCGCCCUGGAGGAAACCCCUGGCGAAGCCCUGCACGACGUUGCCGAUCUUGAGCCCAGGGAACGUCUUCUUGAGCGUGCCGUCGAUGUCAAAGUUCAUGGGCAAGCUUCCACCGCUGCCGUCGAAGCUGCGGGUCACGGACUCGGUGAGGCCGAAGCCAAAGGCGCCGGCCACGUCGGCGGCCGAGGUGCCCUGCGGCGGCUCAACGUUGCGCACGCGGGCGUUGCCCAGGUUGAGGCCCUUGGUGGCGCCGCUGCCGAUGCCGUCGGCGAACAUGCGUGCCACCUGCGACAGCGUCUGUCCGCCCAGGAGCUGGGUGAUGUUGAAGCUGUUGCCCAAGUCGAAGGUCUUGUUGGUGUCGAGGUUGCGGGUCACGGCGUCGGUCAGGGCGAAGCCGAAUGCGCCCACCACGUCCGAGGCUUGGGUUCCGGUGGGCGCCGCGGCGCUGGUGGCAUUGCCCAUCUUCAAACCCUUGGCGGCGCCGGAGCCCAGACCGUCGGCAAGUCCAAAGGCUACUUGAGUCAAGCUCUGCCCGCCGAGGAGCGGGGUGAUAUUGAAGCUGCUCACGUCGAAGCCCUUGCUGGUGUCGAGGUUGCGAGUCACGGCGUUGGUCAAGCCGAAGCCAAAGGCGCCCACCACGUCCGAGGCUUGGGUUCCGGUGGGCGCCGCGGCGCUGGUGGCGUUGCCCAUCUUCAAACCCUUGGCGGCGCCCGUACCCAGUCCAUCGGCGAGUCCCAAGGCUACCUGGGUCAAGCUCUGCCCGCCGAGGAUCGGGGUGAUGUUGAAGCUGCUCACGUCGAAGGAGGCUUUUCCACCUUUACUCAUGGCGCUGGUGACCGAGUCCGUGAGCCCGAAUCCCAGGGCCCCCACGGCGUCUACUAUCUUGCUACCACGGGGGGCUUGCAACUGGGCACCGUUCCCGAGGUUCAGCCCCUUGGCGGCACCGUUUCCUAG